AAAAAGAAAAAAAAAGGCGGGGGGGGCCUUGUCCCACCUAUGUCCAUCUUGUUUAGGAACAGUUUGGCGCUUAGGUAAAUGUAGCCAGCAGAUUCCAAGGGGAUUUGGCCCCGCCGCUAACUCGGGGGAAAAGCCACGGCGGGGCCGCAUCCUGCUGGGAAAAAUGCAUGGCCCUUUAUUUGGGGCGGGGAGGCGCGGCCGGGCGGCCGGGCUGGGGGCUUUGCAGCGCGAUGCAGCUGCUGUGAAUGUGCAUUCGGUUGAGGGCGGUUAGCCAUUAGCCGAGCUCCAUAGCGGUGAAUUGUGGGAUGCCUGAGAAGCAAGCAGAAAGCACACACACAAUAUGUGUUGGCUCGCAAAAAAAAAAAGAAAGAGCGAGCGAGCGAGGAGGCAGGAGGCUUUCAAAACCCAUGUAAUGUAGCCAGCCCAAUGUGAGAAGAGGAGCUCGCCUUUCGCGGCCAGGAGACUGUCGGGCACCGAACAGCGAUGUCUUUCAAAGAGAUCAAGGCAGGAGAAAAAGCCAAGCACCCCGAAGACCAUGGCAAAAAGCAGAGUUCAAGUUGGAUCAACGGAAUGGAGAGCAGCUCCCAAGCAAGCACCUCUGCCGAGAAAAAAAACCACCAUUGGAAAAGUUACAAGUUGAUUAUUGACCCAGCUCUGAAAAAAGGACAGCACAAACUCUAUCGUUACGAUGGGCAGCAUUUUAGCAUUCCUAACCCGGGUCUUGCCCCAGUGGAUUGUGUCAGAGAUCCAAGGAUAGGGCGAAUAUGGACCAAAACGAAAGAGCUGGAACUCUCUGUCCCUAAAUUUAAGAUCGAUGAGUUUUACGUGGGGCCGGUUCCUCCCAAACAAGUCACUUUUGCCAAGUUGAAUGACAACAUCCGUGAAAACUUCCUGGCCGACAUGUGCAAAAAAUACGGUGAAGUGGAAGAAGUGGAGAUCCUCUACAACCCUAAAAACAAGAAGCACCUGGGAAUUGCCAAAGUGAUCUUUGCCACAGUCAAAGGAGCCCGGGAUGCAGUGCAGCAUCUACACAACACAUCGGUCAUGGGCAACAUCAUCCACGUGGAGCUGGAUACGAAAGGUGAAAAGCGCAUGCAUUUCUAUCAACUUCUUGUGAAUGGACUCUACACUCCUCAGACUCUACCUGUGGAGAAUGAGCCGGAUGUAUCGCCCACCGUGAAUGAAACUGCGCAGCUGGCUGAAACUCUGAAACAAUUAAAAGACAACAGUGCUUCUUCUGUGGGAUCAUCAGCUACCCCAAACAGUGGUACCCCAUUUUCCCAUGAUACCGCCUUUUCCAGUUGUCGGCAAGAUACCCCAAACUCUUACAGCCAAUUCACUCCUCAGUCCCAAGGAACCCCUCUUACCCCACGGCUGGGGACUCCAUUUUCCCAAGAUUCUGCGUACUCUAGUCGUCAGACAACACCUGCAUACCACUUUAGUCAGGACUCUGGGUAUAAACCCAGAAGACACGAAACAAAAUUUACAGAUGCUUAUAACAGACGCCCAGGCCACCAUUAUGUUCAUAAUUCAGCUGGUGUUUUCCGAGGGUCAGAACAUCAGUUCAGUGCAUUCAAAUCCCACCCUCAAGAGGCGCUGCAAUUUUCCCACACUCCUCCUUUGAGCCACACAGGUUCUUCAACUUUCAAGUCCGCUUUCUCCCCAUACCAGGCACCCACAACGUUUCCCCAGCCUGAAGAGCCGCAGUAUCCCCAAACGUCCAGAGAUGCUGAGUACCGUCGGCCGCCACCAACGCCAACGGAGAUGGCAGUUGAAAGCAGCGCCACUGCCACUGUUGACUUUGUUCCUGUGAAGGACAAACCUGAGGAGCCCCCAGCUCCACCUGAGCCCAACAGUCUCAAUGAACCACCUGUGGUACCCUUCACACAGACUCCAGAAAGGAGCGAGACCCCAGGCACCCCAACCACAGAAUCUGAAAUUCAGCACAACAGUUUGGACUCAAGAAUUGAGAUGCUCUUAAAAGAGCAGAGAACAAAGCUAUAUUUUCUCAAUGAGCAUGACUCGGACAAUGAGAUUAGAAUGGAAGGUAGCCCCAUCUCCUCCUCCUCCUCCCAGCUUUCUCCAAUUGCAACAUUUGGUUCCAACUCUCAGCCCAACUACAGAGCACAAACCCCUUCCUCACGUCCUUCCAGCACAGGCUUGGAGGACAUUAGUCCAACACCAUUGCCGGAUUCUGACGACGAUGAGCCAAUUCUUGGAGUAACUUCUCUCUCUCAGAAUUCGAAAGGAAUGCCUGAUGCUAGCCUGACUCCCCUUGACCAGCUGAGUAGGACUUCCAAAACGGAGUCCUCUGAACCUAAAGAAAUGUUGCCUGAUAACGAUAGUCCAAUUCCAGAAAAAAUGGAAGAGUGUCAUCAGUCUUCAGGGGAAGACAUGGAGAUCUCCGAUGAUGAAAUGAACCAAUCUCCAAGCACAGAAUGUGCCAAAAACAUUGUGGUGAAUACCUCUGUUGGCAACUCAGCUGUGAUGACUCCCUCAAUUCCUAUGCCUCCCCAUGGUUUUCCUCCCCUGCCUCCCCCACCCCCACCCCAGCCGGUCUUCCCAAUGCCCCCUCCUCCGCCUCUCCCUCCCCCGCCUCCCCCAACUCACCCCGCAGUUACUGUCCCACCUCCUCCCCUCCCAGCGCCUCCUGGGGUCCCACCCCCUCAUAUCUUGCCUCCACUUCCUCCAUUCCAUCCUGGGAUGUUUCCCCUCAUGCAAGUAGAUAUGAUCAGUGUCUUGGGCAACCAAUGGGGAGGCAUGUCAAUGUCUUUUCAAAUGCAAACCCAAAUGCUGAGCCGCUUGAUGCAAGGGCAGAACACUUACCAGUACCCCCCAUUCAUGGGGAACCGGAUGCAGUUUGUGAACCUUCCUCCCUACCGGCACUUUUCCAUGGGAGCAGCUAUCAACCGUGGGCAGCAGUGGCCCCCGUUGCCCAAGUUUGACCCCUCGGUUCCUCCUCCGGGUUACCAGCCCAAGAAGGAAGAUCCUCAUAAGGCCACUGUCGAUGGUGUCCUCUUGGUGAUUGUGAAGGAACUUAAAGCAAUAAUGAAGAGGGAUUUAAACCGGAAGAUGGUGGAGGUGGUGGCCUUCAGGGCAUUUGAUGACUGGUGGGACAAGAAAGAGCGUCUGGCAAAGGCAUCACUUACUCCAGUAAAAUCUGGAGAACAUAAAGAUGAGGAGAAGCCAAAACCAAAGGACCGCAUCACAUCUUGUCUUCUGGAGAACUGGAACAAAGGAGAAGGUCUGGGCUACGAGGGGAUCGGCUUGGGCAUUGGGUUACGCGGGGCCAUCCGGUUGCCAUCUUUCAAGGUGAAGAGAAAGGAGCCACCUGAAGCUGCCUCAGCUGGAGACCAGAAGAGAAUCCGUCCCUCUACUUCGGUAGAUGAUGAAGAUGAAGAAUCAGAACGAGAUCGAGACCUGCCGGAUGCAGCCUCAGACCUCUCCAAGAAAGAUGGCGAAGUGGUCGGCCUCAGGAGGAGACCCGGAAGGCCGCUGGAACUAGACAGUGAAGGAGAGGAGGAGGAUUCAGGCAAGGAGGAGGAAUCCUCUUCCGAAAAGGAGGCCGAGCAGGAGGAAGAGGAAGGGGAAGGGGUGAUAAAAUCUGUUUCUGACAAGGAACAGGAGGAAGACCUCAAUGAAGAGGAAGGAGAGGAAGAGGAUGAAGACGAUGAUGAUGAUGAAGAGGUUGAAGCAGAAACAAGUGGAAAGGAAGAGGAACAAGAUUCUGAAGAAGAAGAUGUAGGAAGUCCUGCCUCCUCUGGAGCAGAGAUUGAGUCAUCUGAUGAAAGUGAGGAAUCCUCAGAAUUUGGGACAAGCUCUGAUUCUGAUGAAGAAGAGGAGGAGGAGGAGGAGGAGGAGGAAGGGGAAGAGGAAGAGGACUAUGAGGAGCAGGUGGAAGAUGAAGAAAGAGUGUCUCUACAGCAAGAAACAGAAGCCCUGCCUACCCAGCUGGCUCCUGAGUCUCUCACUCAAGAGGUUGAAGACGAUGAUCAGAAGGAGACCAUCCUGGAACUGUUUCCAGUGGAUGAUUACAUUGAAGGGACUCCUCUAGUUCUUCCGGAGCCUUUGAUGCCAGGAGGAGAGGAGCAGAAGGAAGAAGUCGAGCAUGCAGAGGAGGAAAGUGGGGAACUCCUCCAGCAAUCUGUGGCUGAAGUGCUGGUGGUGAUUGAGAGACCCCAUGAGGAGAAGCUGCAGGUGUCACCAGUGCGCAUGCCAGAGGAGGAGUCUGAACCUGAUGUUGAGCUGGAGCCGGAGGCGCUAGUCAGCCCACAGCCAGAGAGUCAGGAUGAAGAACACCUCUGUCCACCAAUGCCGGUGGGGAUUUUUGGAGACAUUUUGGCCAGCAGUACCUCCUUUUUCACCAAGCCGGACAAUAACGUUUCUGAAGCCCCAGCAAAAAGCCGACAGUCCCGCUCAGCCGAGGAAGAGGACCGUCUCCCUUGGACUCCCGGGGGGGAGCGACAGGCUCACUUGGAGUCUCCUGGGCUUCCGCUCAGUGCGGUGCCACCCUCUUCGCUUCCCCUCCCCUCGGUCACAUCUGGUAAAGAGGAGCCGUUCCUCCUUCCAGAGCAGUUCCCAGAUCAGUUAAGCAUGACCAAACCAGCCCUGGAAGAAGAGCUCCCUCGGACUCCUGGACGGGACAUUGCAGCCAAGUGCUCUCACACUUUCUCCAAGUCCCAGAGCACUGACACGGUCCCAGCCACCCCUGGCAAUGACGCUCCUCUCACAGGAAGCAGCUUGACCUUAAGUUCCCCGCAGGUCCCAGGAAGCCCCUUUUCCUACCCAUCCCAGUCCCCCGGGAUCAACAGUGGCGGCAUUCCUCGGACUCCUGGGAGGGAUUUCACUUUCACCCCGACUUUCCCAGAGCCUGGUGCUACCCUUCCUUGCCUGUCGUCAGGCAGGAAGCCCUCUGAAGAUGAACCUGAUGAGAAAGUCUUUAAAGAACCUCUUGGUGCUUCCUUACUGGCUGGCAUGAACAGUGUUCCCUCCCCCAUUCCCUUUGCCAGUCCACCUGUCCCAGCUUUCCUUGCACAUCUCGACUUGCCCCCUAGCCAGCCAGUCCCUCUUGCUGCUCUCCCUAGCUUUUCUGUGGACUCAAAGGUGCCUCUAGAGGAGUACACCACAGAGGCACGGCCCCUUUUGCCCUACCCAGAAGUCUCUGUGGCUUCCCCUCCUCUCCUGCCUACGCCUCCCUCUUCUGUCUUGCCCAUCAAAAGGAAACCAGGGCGGCCGAAACGAUCCUCUCCUUUAGGCCCUAUGUUGGAUGCCUAUUCUGGCAAGCCCAUUGAGCCUCCUCUUCUUCCAAUCCCAGUUGUCUUGACUGAAAGUGCUGUGAGCAAAGAUUUGUUGAGUAGCCACCCAGAGGCUUUCUACGCCCUGAAAGAUCCGGAAGCAGUGACCCUGGAUUUCCGGAAUGAAGGCUUCCAUGACAAGCUCACCCCAGAUGUUCUAGCUGAGAAGCUUCCCUUUAAGGAGCUGGAGAACCAGUGGAACGAGGACUUGAAAGAGGAAGAGGCCUACCUGAAAUCCAAAAGGCAGUGGAGGAGACAGAAAAAGAGGCCAGAGGACUUUCCAACAAUUCCUUCCCCUGAGUAUUCCCCUCACCAGUAUCACUUCAGGCCCCGCUCUGAGUUUGAGGAGAUGACCAUUUUAUAUGACAUUUGGAAUGGGGGUAUUGACGAAGAGGAUAUCCAUUUCCUGUGUGUUACAUACGAUCACUUGCUGCAGCAAGACAAUGGCAUGGACUGGCUCAAUGAUACCCUUUGGGUAUACCAUCCUCCAACCAGCUUUUCUACUCCAAAGAAGAAAAAACGGGAUGAUGGAAUGCGGGAGCACAUCACAGGCUGUGCCCGCAGUGAAGGCUACUACAAGAUCGACAAGAAGGACAAACUGAAAUACCUCAAUAACAGCCGUGCAUUUGCAGAGGAGCCUCCUACAGACACGCAGGGAAUGAGCAUCCCUGCCCAGGUGCAUGUUUCCACCCGGGCUGGCUCCGAGAGGAGGUCCGAGCAACGCAGGCUUCUGUCCUCCCUACCCGGCAGUUGCGACAGUGACUUGCUCAAAUUCAACCAGCUCAAGGUAAGUUUCCGGAAGAAAAAGCUAAAAUUCUGCAAGAGUCACAUUCACGACUGGGGACUCUUUGCAAUGGAGCCCAUUGCUGCUGACGAGAUGGUGAUUGAGUACGUGGGGCAGAAUAUCCGGCAGGUAAUUGCUGACAUGCGAGAGAAGCGGUAUGAGGACGAAGGCAUUGGCAGCAGUUACAUGUUCAGGGUUGACCACGACACGAUUAUAGAUGCAACCAAGUGUGGAAACUUCGCCAGGUUUAUUAACCACAGUUGCAACCCAAACUGCUACGCUAAAGUCAUCACAGUGGAAUCUCAAAAGAAGAUUGUCAUCUACUCGAAGCAGUACAUCAAUGUGAAUGAGGAAAUUACAUACGACUACAAAUUUCCCAUUGAGGAUGUAAAGAUCCCCUGUUUGUGUGGCUCGGAGAACUGCAGAGGGACCCUGAAUUAAAGCCCAAGGUUUUUGCCGCAUGGUGGCUGUGUCCAAACUGUGGUAGCCGAGGGUGGUUGCACUUUUGCCAAAAAAAGAAAAGAAAAAAAGUAAGAAAAAAGAGAGAUGAGGUGGAAGAAGGAAAAUGAGGAAGAGACAGGGGAACCUAUAUGGCACUUUCUAUCCUUCUGUCAGGAGAAGUGCAAAUUGAAGACACGCACACUAGGACUCUUCAAGCUGCAGGUGCUUUUCAUCUUCAGAUUCACAACCCCCCCUCUCUCCGCCCCUUGUGAUAGUUCCCAUUACUCAGUGGCACCAUAAUCAAAACACUCUCUCUCUUCUCCCCACCUCCUGCCCUGCUCGCUCCUUUAUGGUGUCGCUCUCAUGGUAGAGCAAGGUACCCUUAUUCUCCUUUAACACGUUCCUCUCUCCAUAAAAUGCUGCUACCUUUUA